AUGUGGUGUAGAUCCGUACCUCUCCAACUUGGGUUGUUAAUAGAAUUGUUGUUCAGACCAGCUUCAUUGAGAAGCAGAAAAAUAGUCAGAUUAGUUUGGCCGAUUUUGUCUACGUGUCUCUUUUUCCUUGUGAUCGUUGCCCUAGUCUGUUGUAUCUUCACAUCUCAUCUAAUUUCUUCCCAUACUCCGAUCCUGCAGGUUUUUGGCGCCUUGCAAAGUCCUCUUACCUCUUACUGGAAUAUGGAUACCAUAAAGCUAGCUGGACCGUUUACUGUAAGCUCAGACAAUAACCAGUCGGUACUUUCAGUGCUAUCAGGCUAUGUUCCCAAAAAAAAAGUUCUUCAGCCAACCUUGUUGGUGCCUAUAUCCCCUCAGGUCGACAUUUCUACCAUAGUCCAAGAGAAUAACCUGGCCAUCACUAAAGCAUCCAAAAUCAACCAAGGUGCAAACAAAAAUGAAGCACACGACGCAGAUAGUGAGGUUUUUGAUGUUCAGGAUGAAGAUGUGGAACCUGCCUCCUUUGUUCCUUUAUCACAAUUGAGUCCACUGAACCGCCAAGAGCAGAUGACCACUGUACUUUUGCAAGGCUUCCCAUCGUUUAAAAGACAGAUUGUUGAUCGUAUUCUUCGGCAACUUAUGAGUCUCAGCCCUCCAAACGUACCCAGAUCCUUCACAUGGUCGACGGUUCUUGAGAGAAAUAUAGGAAUACAUGGAGAUCGAAGAAAUGUUUUCGUGAAGUUUGCAAGUUUGCUGGCCAUUGAAUGGCUUCACAGAAAUCGAAAUGUCUUUUCAGAUACUAUUUCAGAUUUUAGCAUUGUUUUCGAUAAUGAAAUUGACGGCUCUAGCGCAGAAGAAAUACCAACUUCUUCCGAAGAAGAGUUAUCUACAUUUGUGAGUAAAGUCAUGCUGAACAAGAGCAGUUUCAGCCUGGAUCUGGGAAGAACUGGAACAGAGGAUUUAGAUCGGGUGAUGCAGUAUUACAGAACAUACAAGGUGGAGAAUUCUGAGUUGGUAGAAGUACCGAAAGAUAUGAAAGAGGUCAUCGUUCGAGACAUUAUCAAUUUCCGAUCCAAGAUGCUCCAAAUUGAGCGGGAUAGGAGAAAGAAAGAGAUGGAAAAAGAAAGAAAGAACGCCAAAGCUCGCCUCACUCAGAUGUUUGAAGGAAUACGAGAGGCGGCUAUUGAUUCUCUGGGGACAAUUUCAGUGAAAGACUUGGAUAUGGAAGACAAUGAAGAGAACAGUGACCCUCUAGCAGGCCUAACGGAGGAAGAAUAUCAAAAACAUAUAAAAGAGGAGAAGUUGCGUGCCGAUGCAGCUGAAUACAACGCGAAGCUUGCUGAAAUGCAACAGUUGGAGAAGAGCGAAAAGCAAGCACUUUUAGACCAGUUGGCACUUUUGCAAAACUAUGAAUCAAACUUGAUCGAAAACAAGGCCGCAUACAUCGACGAGAUCAAGAGUUUUGACGAUAUGGAUCUUGCUCGAGCCAACUCAGCGUUGAGUGCGAGACUCCAAUUGCAUUACUCUAAUCAUCUGGAGUAUGUUCGUUUGAGAAAUAUUCAGCUAGCAAAAGAAGAAGAAUUGGAUGCAUUGGAUGAAAAGGAAGAACUCGAGAGUACUUCAAACACACAUCUGUUUACUCUUCCAGCGCAGAAAGUCAAUAAUGUGGUCCAAAAACAAGCUGUUGAUAUUUCGGUUGCAAAUUUGUCCGCAGAAAAGCUAGAUACUAUUAAAUCGAAAAUCAGUGAUUUGAUCGAGGAGUAUUUGGGGAUCAAAGAGAACUUGUUGAUUGAUUUUAUUUUCGAACAUGUUAAAGAACACAGUUUGAACCAACGUCAAGAAUUAAUCGACGAGUUGCAAGAAACUUUGGAUGACGAUUCGGCGAAUGUGGUUGAUCUGCUCUACGAGCACAUAGCAUCUUUAGUGUAA